AUGGUCGAAUUUAUUAGUUCAAUGUUCGAUUUUAGGGAAUAUGAAGGGUUUGAUGAAAUAGAAAAAGUACAGUUUCAGUUAAAGUGGAUUUUAACCUCAAUGAUGAUUAUACGAUUACCAAUGUGUUUUAUAUCAUUGGUCAUAAUUGUUGAUACCGCAAUAGAGUUUUUUACAAUAUUCAUAGGUUUUUUAGGAAUUUCUUAUUUAAAAAAAGUUUUUUUAGUUUCGUAUUGCACAUUAUCAGAAAUCAGUUUUUUUUUGUCAUCAUAUGGAAUAUGCAGCUUUCUCAGUGAUGCUCACCCAAAUGAUAUCAUUGUUAUUAUCAAAGUUGGAGGUGGUUUAAAGAUUUUUUUCGUAGUAAUAUUUAUUUUAUGGAAUUUAUUUCAAACUUCAGAAUCAAAACCAUUACUAUUUAGUUUUAGUGCUUCUUCUGAAAGGUUUGAUCCAAAUAGCUCCCCUUCUUCCGAGAAUAGAAUGGUUUAG